ACAAGCGCAAAGCCGCCCGUCCGGUCAGCAGAAGAAAGAAGGUAGCUGCUUCACACCUGUGAAAGAAGUGCGAGGCAGGCUUUUAAAAAACACAUUUACACCACUUCAAAAAUAGGACCAUAUGGCCGUGACCAGGAUGCUGACAGACUAAAGUUGAGGAGAGGACUUCGUGUGAAAAAUGUCGUCAGGACAGACUUGUGUGUAGCCGGACGAGCUGCUCUGACAGCGGACCGCACGGGUAAGAGGCUGCAUGAGGGCUCGCCGUCGUGAAUGAAAGAACACCAGCUCUUCGCCUCGGAGAGAAAUAAGUACGAACAUGGCUGACAGAACAGCACCGAACUGUCAUCUGCGACUCGAGUGGGUUUACGGCUACCGGGGACACCAGUGCCGCAACAACCUGUACUACACGGCGGCCAAGGAAAUAGUGUACUUUGUGGCCGGUGUGGGAGUUGUGUACAACACACGGGAACACAAGCAAAAAUUCUACCUGGGCCAUAACGAUGACAUAAUCAGUUUAGCCCUGCAUCCAGAGCGAGUGUUGGUGGCCACAGGGCAGGUGGGGAAGGAGCCGUAUAUCUGUGUGUGGGACUCCUACACCGUUCAGACCGUGUCCAUCCUGAAGGACAUGCACACGCACGGCAUCGCAUGUCUCGCUUUUGACCUUGAUGGACAGUGUUUGGUGUCUGUGGGCCUCGACUCCAAGAACACAAUCUGCGUGUGGGACUGGAGGAGAGGGAAAGUGCUGGCUGCUGCUCCUGGUCAUACAGACAGGAUAUUCGACAUAUCUUGGGACCUAUAUCAGCAGAGCAAGCUGGUGAGCUGUGGAGUCAAACAUAUCAAGUUCUGGAGUCUGUGUGGGAACGCUCUGACCCCUAAACGUGGUGUGUUUGGGAGGACAGGUGAGCUACAGACCAUCCUCUGCGUGGCUUGUGCCAGAGAUGAGGUCACAUACUCAGGUGCCUUGAAUGGAGAUAUCUAUGUCUGGAAGGGAGUCAACUUGAUACGGACCAUUCAGGGGGCACACGGGUCAGGGAUUUUCAGCAUGAAUGCAUGUGAAGAGGGCUUUGCCACUGGUGGCAGAGACGGCUGCAUUCGACUGUGGGACCUGAGCUUCAAACCCAUCACUGUCAUCGACCUCAGGGAAACAGACCAGGGAUAUAAAGGGUUGUCGGUGCGCAGUGUGUGUUGGAGAGGGGAUCACAUCCUGGUGGGCACUCAAGACAGUGAGAUCUUUGAGGUGGUGGUGCACGACCGCACAAAGCCCUUCCUUAUCAUGCAGGGCCACUGUGAGGGCGAGCUCUGGGCCCUGGCUGUCCACCCCACAAAACCCCUUGCCAUGACUGGCAGUGAUGACCGCUCUGUCCGGAUCUGGAGCCUUAUAGACCAUGCUUUGAUAGCGCGCUGUAACAUGGAGGAACCUAUCCGCUGCGCAGCAGUGAGCACUGAUGGUAUUCACCUGGCUCUGGGCAUGAAAGACGGCUCCUUCACUGUACUGAGAGUCAGGGACAUGACGGAGGUGGUGCACAUUAAGGACCGUAAGGAGGCCAUCCAUGAGCUGAAGUACUCUCCUGAUGGGGCUCAUCUAGCUGUGGGCUCCAAUGAUAAUUCAGUGGACAUCUAUAGUGUGGUGCAACGUUAUAAGAAGGUGGGAGAGUGUGUAGGCUCCCUCAGUUUUAUCACACACAUGGACUGGUCCACUGACAGCAAAUACCUGCAGACCAAUGAUGGCAGCGGCAAGAGGCUCUUCUACCGAAUGCCCAGUGGGAAGGAGGUGACUAACAGAGAAGAGCUGAAGCUAGUCCAGUGGUCCACGUGGACAUGUGUUCUUGGUCCAGAAGUAAACGGAAUCUGGCCCAAAUACUCUGACAUCAAUGAUAUCAACUCUGUAGAUGCCAACUUCAGUAGUCAAGUUUUAGUAACAGCUGAUGAUUAUGGAUUAGUUAAAUUAUUACGAUAUCCGUGCAUAAGAAAAGGUGCAAAGUUCAAAAAAUACUUAGGACACUCUGCACAUAUAACCAAUGUAAGGUGGUCACAUGAUUAUCAGUGGGUGAUAAGUAUCGGUGGAGCUGACCAUUCAGUGUUCCAGUGGAAAUUUGUACCUGAAAGGAAGUCAAAAGAAACUCUUCAUAUAGCUCCACAAGAGAUGUUGGCUGAUUCAAACAGCGAGGAGUCAGAUUCUGACCAAUCAGACGUGCCUGAGAUGGACUCAGAGAUUGAACAGGAAACACAGCUCACAUACCGGCGACAGGUUUACAAAGAAGAUCUACCUCAGCUUAAAGAGCAGUACAAGGAGAAGCAUCGAGCUGCAGCAAUGAAGAAGAGGGAGCGAGCUCCAACCAGUGGAGUGAGAUUGCACUUUAUCCAUGGUUACCGAGGCUACGACUGCAGAAGUAACCUGUUCUACACUCAGACUGGGGAGAUUGUGUACCAUGUGGCCGCAGUGGGGAUAGUAUAUAACAGACAACAGAACACACAGCGUUUCUACCUGGGCCAUGACGAUGACAUCCUCUGUCUGGCCAUCCACCCUCUCAAGGACUACGUAGCUACAGGCCAAGUGGGAAGAGAUUCCUCCAUACACAUCUGGGAAACAGAAUUUUUGAAGCCUCUGUCAGUUCUUAAGGGUUUCCACCAGUUUGGAGUGUGUGCACUUGACUUCUCAGCGGAUGGAAAGCGACUGGCCUCUGUGGGUCUGGAUGAUAAUCACACCAUUGUUCUCUGGGACUGGAGGAAAGGAGAAAAGCUCUCAGCCUUCCGAGGGAGUAAGGACAAGAUAUUUGUUGUUAAAAUCAAUCCAUAUAUGCCUGACAAGCUCAUCACUGCUGGAGUGAAGCAUAUGAAGUUCUGGCAUAAAGCAGGGGGAGGUCUGAUAGGGAAGAAGGGCAGCAUGGGAAAGACUGAAACCAUGAUGUGUGCAGUAUAUGGCUGGACAGAGGAGAUGGUGUUCUCUGGGACGUGUACUGGAGACAUCUGCAUCUGGAGGGACAUGUUCCUGGUGAAAACAGUCAAAGCUCAUGAUGGACCAGUCUUCAGUAUGCAUGCCCUGGAGAAGGGUUUUGUGACUGGUGGAAAGGAUGGCAUAGUUGCUUUGUGGGAUGACACUUUUGAGAGGUGUCUCAAGACAUAUGCCAUCAAGAGAUCUGUGCUUGCCCCAGGAUCCAAAGGAUUAUUGUUAGAGGACAAUCCCUCCAUUCGUGCCAUAUCCCUGGGCCAUGGACACAUACUUGUGGGAACAAAGAAUGGAGAGAUUUUGGAGGUGGAUAAAAGUGGGCCCAUCACUCUGCUAGUCCAGGGUCAUAUGGAGGGAGAAGUGUGGGGUUUGGCCACCCACCCUCACUUGCCACUGUGUGCCACUGUUAGUGAUGACAAGACCUUGCGCAUAUGGGAUCUGUCUCCCAGCCAUUGUAUGCUUGCCGUGCGCAAACUCAAGAAAGGUGGCCGCUGCUGCUGUUUCUCUCCGGAUGGCAAGGCUCUGGCAGUAGGGCUGAAUGAUGGCAGCUUCCUCAUCGUUAACGCGGACACUCUGGAGGACCUGGUGUCAUUCCACCACCGCAAGGACAUCAUCUCCGACAUCCGUUUCUCUCCAGGUGCUGGGAAGUAUUUAGCAGUGGCAUCAGGUGACAGCUUUGUGGAUAUCUACAAUGUGAUGAGCAGCAAGAGGGUGGGUGUAUGCAAAGGCUCCAUGAAUUACAUCACCCAUCUGGAUUGGGACAAAAGAGGGAAGCUUUUGCAGGUCAACACUGCAGCUAAGGAGCAGCUAUUUUUCGAGGCUCCUCGUGGGAAGAAACAAACCAUCCCUGCCACAGAGGUGGAGAAGAUUGAUUGGAGCACAUGGACGUGUGUGCUGGGAAGCUCCUGUGAGGGCAUCUGGCCGGUGGUUAGUGAGGUUACCGAGGUAACAGCUGCGUGUCUUAGCAACGACAGGCAAGUGCUGGCAACAGGAGAUGACCUUGGAUAUGUCAAGCUCUUCAGAUAUCCUGUUAAGGGAAAGUAUGCUAAGUUCAAGCGCUAUGUGGCCCAUAGUACCCAUGUGACCAAUGUGCGCUGGACGCACGAUGACUCUCUACUGGUGUCAGUGGGUGGAGCUGACACUUCUCUGAUGAUCUGGAGCCAUGAGGCUGAGGGCUGCCGGGAGGUGCGUCAGUGUGACAGCGAGGAGUCUGACAUUCAGAGUGAAGAUGAUGGGGGGUAUGAUAGCGAUGUGACUCGAGAGAAUGAGAUCAACUAUGUGAUCAAGGCCUUAUCCACCAACAUGCGAACAAUGAUAGGGGUCAAGCCCCACUUACAACAGAAAGAGCCAUCAGUAGAUGAAAGGCAGGGGGUAGUCAGGGGCUCAAGACCCCCAGUGAGCAGGGCUUUACCGGUACCAGAAAAACUACAAACCAACAAUGUGGGCAAAAAGAAGAGGCCUAUUGAGGACCUGGUGCUAGAGCUUGUGUUUGGUUACCGGGGCAACGACUGCCGCAACAAUGUGCAUUACCUGAAUGAGGGGGCGGAUAUUAUCUAUCACACAGCUUCAGUCGGGGUCGUCCUCAACUUAACAACAGCAUGCCAGAGUUUCUAUGUAGAACACAGUGAUGACAUUCUGUGCCUCACCAUCAAUCAACACCCCAAGUUCCCCAACGUGGUGGCGACUGGCCAAGUAGGUGAUGCUGGUGAUAUGUCAGCCACGUCCCCAUCCAUUCAUGUGUGGGAUGCCAUGAACAAGCAGACUCUGUCCGUGCUGCGCUGCUACCACUCCCGGGGAAUCUGCUCGGUCAGCUUCAGUGCCACUGGCAAGCUGCUCCUGUCUGUGGGGCUGGACCCUGAGCACACCAUCACCAUCUGGAAGUGGCAGGAAGGUGCCAAAGUAGCCAGUCGCUGUGGCCACACACAGCGGAUCUUUGUGGCCGAGUUCCGGCCAGACUCAGACACUCAGUUUGUGUCAGUGGGGAUAAAGCAUGUACGCUUUUGGACGCUGGCAGGCAGGGCUCUACUCAGCAAGAAAGGAGUUCUUAGUUCCAUUGAGGAUGCCCGCAUGCAAACCAUGCUCUCUGUGGCAUUUGGAGCUAAUAACUUGACAUUUACAGGUACCAUUAGUGGAGAUGUGUGUGUAUGGAAGGAACACAUUCUAGUGCGAAUUGUGGCUAAGGCACACACUGGUCCAGUUUUCACCAUGUACACCACACUGCGAGACGGCCUCAUUGUCACAGGUGGAAAGGAGCGACCGUCUAAGGAGGGCGGUGCGCUAAAGCUGUGGGAUCAGGAGCUGAAGCGCUGCAGGGCUUUCAGACUGGAGACUGGCCAGAUUAUAGACUGUGUGCGCUCUGUCUGCAGAGGCAAGGGUAAGAUCUUGGUGGGCACGCGGAAUGCUGAGAUUAUUGAGGUGGGGGAGAAGAAUGCAGCGUGUAACAUCUUAGUAAACGGCCACAUGGAUGGCCCCAUCUGGGGUUUGAGUGCUCACCCUACACGAGAUGUCUUCCUGUCUGCUGCAGAGGAUGGCACGGUGCGGCUCUGGGAUAUUCCAGAGAGGAAGAUGCUGAAUAAGGUGAACCUGGGGCAUCCUGCACGCACGGUCAGCUACAGUCCUGAGGGUGACAUGGUGGCCAUAGGCAUGAAGAAUGGAGAGUUCAUCAUUCUCCUCGUCACUUCCCUCAAGAUCUGGGGCAAGAAGAGAGAUCGGCGCUCCGCCAUUCAGGAUAUCAGGUUCAGUCCAGAUUCACGUUACCUUGCUGUGGGCUCAAGCGAGAAUGCUGUGGAUUUCUAUGACCUGACGCUGGGUCCGCAACUGAACCGCAUUAACUGCUGCAGAGAUAUCCCAAGCUUUGUCAUUCAGAUGGACUUCUCUGCUGACAGCUGCUACAUACAGUUGUCCACUGGUGCUUACAAACGACUAGUUUAUGAGGUGCCUUCCGGAAAGCAAGUCACAGAGCAGGCGGUCAUAGACAGAAUCACCUGGGCCACCUGGACAAGUGUUCUGGGGGAUGAGGUUGUGGGAAUAUGGUCCCGCAACACAGAUAAAGCCGAUGUAACGUGUGCCUGUGUCUCCCAUUCUGGCCUCAACAUUGUCACGGGUGAUGACUUUGGAAUGGUAAAGCUGUUCGACUUUCCAUGUCCAGAAAAGUUUGCCAAACACAAGCGCUUUCUGGGCCACUCGGCCCAUGUGACCAACAUUCGCUUCACCAAUGGGGACCGCUUCGUCAUUAGUGCUGGAGGCGAUGACAGAAGCUUGUUUGUGUGGAAGUGUGUCCAUGCUCCUCACUGAAGCACACCCACCUCCAGUCCACGCCUCAGUGCCACUGCAGGGCCCAGAGGAGCACAGACUGCCUGGGCUUUUACACCAGUCCCAGCAUGACCAGAGUGAGGAGCCCAGCACGGCUCUGCUGCAUGAAGAUAGGAAGAGCUAACCUGGGUUAAACCCUGACUUUUCUACCACCAGGUGCAUGCAUCUGAAUGAGCCUCCAGGCCCGUCAUUACCCAUGCCUGAAACCUACUGUACUUUCUUUUGUCACUCUCAGUGAUUCUGUGGAAACAUGUUCAGAGAAGGUUCUUGCCCACAGACUCAGAUGUGAUGUUAAAAUAUACAUAUACACCUCUUAACUACUUUUACAGUUGUCCUGAAUUUGAAGAAGGAAUGUCUUUUAAGUUAAAAUAUGUCUGUGUCAGUGUUCCUUGAGGUGUGUAAGACUUUCUUCCAAUCGAAAAGACUGACAAAUGUGUAGCAAGCAGAAUAAGAUUAGCCUUAAAGUACCCAUUGAGUGUUCUUCACUGAGGAAGGUUGGACCUCUAAAUAUGAAAUUCCCUUUUUAUAUGUUUUUUUGUUUUGUAUGUUUUGUGUUUUCCACAUUUUCAUGUGUUUCUUGUGUGGUUUGUUGAUUUUUUUUCAACUGAAGAUCAGAACUCCUGUGGCCUUCUCCCUGAAUGUAACACGGGCGUUAUAUUCUUGGAUGUCAGCAUGCCAAAGCAUUCUAUGCACUGUAUACUUGACCUGCUCACUGUGGUUCUCCAGUGGUCUUUAAUGUCAGCCCUGAAAAUGGUAUUCACUCAUCAAACCUCAGACCCCCUCUGCAGAAGUAGGUGGCACUCCUAACCUCAUAUGUAGCAUCUUUAGCUUGAGCAGUAACCGUGAGUUCUGUGUGCGAGUGCGUGUGUAGGUAAGAAACGUAUGCAAUGUAUUUUGUGUCUGAGAACAACCUUAAAAGAAAAGAUGGUUCUUAUUCAGUCUCUUAAAAAUAAACAAGAGGGGAAAAAAGGAUGUUUUGUGAUGCACUGAUGCAUCAUUUAAAAUCACUAUUUAUUGUGCUGCUAAAGCCUUUUUUAGUCAUAUCAUAAUUUAGGAGUUUUGUUUCUUCCAUUAACAGAUCUAAUGUUAUUUCAACUGGAAUGUUCCAGCCCAACAGAAAUAUAAAAGUAAACUGAGAAUAACAUGCAAGAUGUUUUCUAUUUCAUUUAUUGUCAUACUAAUUAAUAGCGUGAGAUGUGUUCAGUGCAUAUUUUAAUUUUAUGAUAUCAAUGUACAUAUCAAAUGUAAAGACAUUCUUUUGUAUAUUUUUGUCAAAUGUUUUCUUAAAGGCCAACUUUGAUUAAAAAAAUGAGUGUAUAAAUCCUAUGAAUCCUUGAUUAAUGUUG